UUCACUUUCAACACAAGUUUCUUUAGCCUAAAAAACUCCUGGUCUGUGAUGCCAGACUCUCCUCUUUGGCUCAUGUGGAGUCUGGCAAACAUAAAACAAUGACAAAUCAGGGAAAAACUCUACUUUGACACUGUGUUGGUUUUUUGUCUGUUGGAGAAAACAUUUAAUCUUUUCCGCAGUGUACAGCUCUCUCUGCUGACUGCUACUCAGGUUGAAACCUAUCACAUCACUGUUAUCUGACACACACUCCUCCUCACUCCCACUUUCAUCCGUCUGUACUUGCCUCCUCCCAUUGUCCACCCCCACUUUACUUGUUUUUGCCUCAUUAACGGUGUUCUUUGUUUUUCUCCUACGUUUAUGAGCUGGUUUUGGCUUUGCUGAUGCCCCUUCUUCUUCCAUCUUAGCCUCCUCCACCUGCUCAUGCUUUCCGUCACUUUUCUCACCCGCCCUGUUCACCUCCUCAUCUGCCUUACCUGCCUGCAAUUCCCCUUCCUCACCUGUUUUUCCCUCCUGUGUCCCACUAACUUCACCUGUCUUGUCCAUCUGUUCCUCACACACACCAGUUUCUUCUUUCGCCUCAGCACCCCCUUUACUUUCCCCUACCUCACCUACCACCACCUCACCCCCCUCAUCUUCACCGCUUACAUUGUGUGUAAUAGUGUCUGACCCCCCUAGAAUCGGGCCAGACACGGCAGCUCCCAGACGCGGCAAGCUGCGUGGAGCCGGCCGCGGCCUUGCGUCCGGUGCAGGCGCUUCGCCCGCGGAUCCGGAGGCUCCAGCAGCUGCCGCUCCACCAGGACCAAGCGGACUCGGAUCACCCCGCCCCGGACAGGCCCUCACGGUGUGUCCCUCCUCACCACAACCAAAGCACUUCAUAACCGAUGAGGUUGCGAAUAUCACGUAGUCAUAAUCAUCUACUUUGACACGGAAAACGAGAUUGAGCUCCUCGUCCCGGUUGUUAAGUAUCAUAUACAGCUGUCUUCUGUGAGACACUACGUGUUUCAGUAACUGAGACUUGCAUCCAGACAGGAUCUUCUUGAUCGGGGAAACCACUUUCCCGUGUCUGGACAGUUCUCUACCGAGAAACUCAUCGGUUAUGAACGGAGGGACAUUUGAUAGAAUCACUUUGGUUGCAGGCUGCGUUAACGGCAGCACUGGUACAUACAUACCGUUCACCGUGAUGCCGGUCUCGAUGACGCGGUUCACCUUGUCCACCUGGUCCAGGAAGAUGACCACGGCGCCGUUCAUCCUUGCGGCCGACUUUACGCUGCCGUGUCCGACCUUCUCCCCCACCACCAGUGCAAUGUCUUCCACGCUGCACGGGAAGCUGGCAGAGAUUUUAAUGCCAUGCUUCCGCGUGAGCCUGGAAAACUCUCCAUUUACCAUGGCGUCUGAGACGCCGGCAGGAGAAAAAGGAAAACAAAAAAACAACAAAAAAAAAACAACUCCCCCCCAAAAACCAACAACUAAAACUUGAAAACCUCACCCAGUAAUUAAAUAAGUCAAAAUAAACUACAAUACAUAACAAAAAACAGAAAAAAAGUUUGAAAACACAAACUCGCUCAGCGCCUCACUCACACACCACAAUCUCCCAGCAUGCACUCGAGAGAGAGAGAGAGAGAGAGAGAGAGAGAGAGAGAGAGAGAGAGAGUCGUCACUUCAGCUGAUAAUCACAAUAUUCCCAUACAAUAGCAGAGUUAGCGAACCAGAGUUUGCCUGGUCGGGAACUGGUUCUUGUCCAGUGAUAUUGGUUAAUCAGUUGAUCGCAGUGGAUGACUGUCAACUAAAUAAGCAGCACUCACAAGUUUCACAAAUACAAGUUAAUUAAAACUAAUUAUCUCUGUCAUUCUGAGUUUCGACUGGGCUCCUUAUGGCUCUAACAACAGCGGCUUUUCCCUGUCGUUCUGGGGUCCGGCUCGGCUUCUUGAUGCUCAGACAACCAUGGGUCCGUAACUUACCAGCUGUUGUACGGUGGCUGAUCCUUGGCAGGUGAUGGCUGGUUAUGCAGCGUCCUCGAUGUAAAUCCAAAACAUUAGACUGAACAAAAGAAAAAGAAAGGGAACGUCUACGAGCUCUUCCGGCAAGAUAGUGAACAUGUGGCCUUGUUAAAAUAAAGAAAAGUAAUCUUACUAGUGUACCUCAGACGGUAGCGAGAGUUACAUUUGGAAGCAGCGAGUGGGUGGGCGUCUCUGGUAGUUAUAGUAACGGUGACAUCACGUCCUGUGGGCUCAUUCAGUAGAUACAGUCACUGGUGAGAGACAAGGAUUUGACUCCACUGGAUUUCACACAUAGGCUCGAAGGCCGCAGUGAAUGAUGGGAAAGGAAGUCUUUUUUAGGACUUCCUCUGUUUGAACUUUUUGGCGCUUUCCUGUGGUCAGGCUGUAGUCAAACCAAACAUGCUCCACUCAGGCUUGUAGGCCCAACAUCAUACUAGUCACAAAGUUGCUUCAUCAAUUUGGAUUCAAAAAUUUGCAUUUGAGUUUGUACCUUGGUCUAGGCCAAUUCAGGCCAGACAACCAAAUAUUAAAAUGAUAACAGACCAAAGCCUAAGCUGCUAAGAUAAUGAACAUGCUAAGCAUAAACCUCCUUGAUGUCACUGUGGGCACAUUAUCAUGUCCAUAUUAGUAUUCAGGUCAAAGACCAACUGGUCUCUAGCUGUUACUUGAGUCUCAGAAACGUGUUAGCCUGGCUGAAGACUCAACCACUUCCCUUUUAGUGGUGUCUAAAAUAACUUCCUAUAUACGAUGCAAAUAUGCAUUACAUAUUUACCCUUUACUAUUGCCUCAAUUAUUUGAAUCUCUAACUAAGUGAAGUUACCCACUAUGUCUCUAUCCAUUAUCUUCUUGUUGCCUCCAUAUUUAAAGAACUGUCCCCAGUGAUGAAGAUUAUUAAAAGUGAGCCCUGGAGGACUUCACUUCAGUUGACUCUUGUCAGUUCAGGCAUAAAAACGUUUGACUGUACAGAAAAGACUUAAGUUUGCAUUGUUGCUAUAAAGGAUUAGUUCUGUGUUGUCAAGGUUCUAUGUCUGUCUUUUAUUUUGUGAUCACGUUUUGAAGUUUCCUGUUUUAUUUUGCCAAGUUUCCGAGAUUCCUGUCCAUCGUGUGGUUUUGUCAUGUCUGUCUGUGUCAUGUUGUGUAUCCUGUUUUAUUUUGUUAAGUUGUGGAUUUCCUGUCUUGUGCCUCCUUGUCUCGCGAUUGAUUAUUGGUCUCACUUGUGUUGAUGUGUCUCACCUGUGUCUUGUCAUCCCUCAGUCCUCAUGUGUAUAUAUAGCCCUGCCUUUCCCUUUGUUCCUUGUCGCGUCGUUAAUGUUAGCUUAAUGUCUUCAUGCUAUGGUUCAUGUUCCCAUGUCAUGUUGAUGAUUUCUUUUGAUUUUUGGAUUUUGUAUUUUCCUGCUAUGCUUGCAGCGCCUUUUGCUUGUUAUUAAAUACUUUUUGUUUGAACUUCGUGCCUCAUCUAUAGUCCUGCAUCUGGGUCCUCAUCUCUACAACUUCCUCCAUACUUGACAUGUGUGCGCUGUGCGUCCAUGGUUGUUAUGAAGUUGCAGCCAGCUGAUUUAGGCUUCGCACAAAGAUUGGAAACAGGUGGAGGUCACAGUAGUCAGACUACAGAGUAGUGUAGUCCAUCACAUAGUUCAGCUUCAUCAUGGCUGGGAACCUGCAGCUACUCAUCCUCAUGUGUUUCUUUCUUGAGCUCAAAGCACAAGACCUUCCUCCUCCUAAUUUGACGGUGAAUCAACAGGAGAUUGAAGACACAGACUCAGUCUUUCUCAACUGUCAGACUCCAUCAUCUGUUUCUGUGUCUGAUUGUUAUUUCAACUUUUUAAGGGACAAAGUAACCAAGUCUUUCUCUUGUCUGAAGACACUGUCAGGAACUGAACUGCUGUCACUGGUACAACAACGUUCACCUGCUACAGUUGAAGUGACAUGUUCUUACAUGCGAGUGCAUCAGUCUGAACACAGUAACAUGUUGACCAUCACCAUACAAACUCCUCAGCCUAAACUGACAGUGACUCCACAGCUGAUCACAGAGACAGAGUCAGUGGCAUUGAUCUGUCAGACUCCAUCAUCAGUUUCUGUGUCUCAGUGUUUUUUGAUCUUUAUGAGAAAGACCACGUCCAGAGCUGUCUCUUGUCUGAAGACACUGACAGGAACUGAGCUUCUGUCGAUGUCACAGCAGAGUUCACCUGCUGAGGUUGAAGUAACAUGUUAUUAUACAGUGGAGCGUAGAGGAGAACAUCAUCCAUCUCCACAGAGUAACAGAGCCUCCAUCAGCAUACUGAAACUGACAGACACAAGUCCAUCUACAACAACACAGGAGAUGACAACCCAGACAAUCACAUCUUUCAGAAUGACCACAGGUCAGACUGUCACUAUGUCACGUAGCAGUUUUGGUUCACUAUCUACUUCCCUAAAAGAAACAGUUUCUAGAGGAACUACCAGACCUGGUACAGGUGCUUUGACCCUGGGCUUGUUUCCUGUCACCACACCAGAGGCAUCUUCAGAUCUGUGGAUGUGGAAGUUGGUAGUAGUUGUGCUUGGUUUUGGAGUGACUGUGGGCUUCAUCCUACUGGGAGUGGUAUUAGUUCACAUCAAAAGAAGAAGUGGGAAGUAUAGUGACAAGAGAUUACAAGCCAGUGUUACUGGUGAAUCUGUGAACAUGACGAGUGUUGAUCCUGGAGAACUGUUACCUGCAGGGAAUAUUGAGUCCUACCAUGUGAUCAGCUCAUUGCCUGGUGCCAACUAUCCCACUGGUGGAUUUGAUCAAAUUACUGGACAUUCGUGUGAAAAUGAGAAGUCUGAAGUAUACCAUGUGUAUGAUGUAAUCCCUGAGGAGCCAGCUGCAGUAGCUCUGGACAGUAACGCCUACAGCACUGUAAUGAAACACUAGUAAACACUGGAAGACCUGCAGGAUUAGUAUCAGGGAGAUAUAACAUUUAUUUAUUGUAUUUAUUUUUGGAAUAAUGGCAAGUUUCUGUUUCAACAUAGCAACAAAUAUCUGCAACCUGGUUAGUAUGUUUGUAAAGGCUUCAUACAGAGCCUAGUACAUCCUGCAGAUACAGAACACAUAUCCUGCCCUCUGCUGUUGAACCUGAGCCUUGCAUGUCCACUCGUCCACAGGCUUUAUCCUGUCAGAAACAAAUGUUGUCAGUAAUUAUCCAGGCAGAAAACGUGGUCUUUGGACAUCAAGUAUAUGUACAGUAACAUUCACAGCUUUGUGCCUGCCUUUUUUUUUAUAAUGAAAAUGAGAUGCAUAUAUUGUGUACAUACAUAAACAGAUUUUACCAUUAUUUACAAAAUGUUUAAGAGCUUUUUUGACCUCCUUACAGGGUUCAGGGGGUUCAGCUCCUAGAGUAUAAUAAAGACUAUUGUAACAUACCAAAUUUAGAAAGAGCUUGUAAGUAUACACCGAUCAGCCACAACAUUAUGACCACUGACAGGAGAAGUAAAUAACAUUGACCAUCUUGUGACAAUACAGUGUACCUGGUAUUCAUGUGGAUGUUACUUAUGUACCACCCACAU